AUGGGCACAUGCAAUGGUAGCCGAAGCAGUGGCGCAGAGGUGCGCAGUGGAGUGGCAAAAAGUGAUCGCCUGGAUUUAUCAGCGAGUGACACAGUGGUUGCUGAAGCAGAGGAGCAGAGGUACAGGGUAGCUGAAGCAGUAGCACAGAGGUACGGGGUGGCUAAGAGGGAUCUCCUGGACUCAUCAGCCAGCGACACAGCAGUGCGGCUGGCCCUAGGAGAGGCGCACAUAGUGGCGGACACCAAGAGGGCUCUCCUAGACGCCGCCGACAUCCACGUGUCCCUCAUGGAGCAAUUCGCCACCGCCGCCUUACAGGCUCUCCAUUCUGUCUUUUCUGCUCCAUGCGCCCUUCCUAUCAGGUGGCUGAAGUAG